GAAGAUAAAAAACAUAAUGCUUGCUAAUCUUAAUCCAAGUAAACUAGUUCAAAAGAUAGUAGUGGAGAGGCAAGAGUAACUGACUGCUUGCCACAAGCUUUAAUUUCCUAAUCCUCAUAUCUUAGCAACCAGAGGCCUUUGACCUAGUACAUUCUAUAAAUUCCGCUAUAUAAAUACACCACCAGAUGCUGCUGCUGCUUCUAGCUGUGUCCUGUGUGUAUGGAAAUGUGAUUGUACAGCAACCUUUACAUCAAGCAGAUGAAGAAUGCGGUCAGCCUGCUAUACCUCCAAACAAUGAACAAAGAAUUAUAAAUGGAGAGGAAGUGAUUCCUCAUUCUUUCCCAUGGCAAGUGUCUAUCAAGGGGAAAGCUGAUGAGCACUACUGUGGCGCAUCAUUGCUUUCUCCCAACUGGAUUCUAACCGCGGCACACUGCGCAGAGAUCGUCUUCAUUGGAACGUACUACGGAGAUGUUGUUGUUGUUGGACAGCAUGACAGAAGAGAUGAGGGUGAGGAGGGAAAGCAAACAAUAACAAUUGCUGAGAAAUACAUACAUCCAAACUAUGAUUCUCCAGACAGAGCCCAGGAUGUUGCUUUACUUAAACUAGUUGAACCAGCUGUAAUGGGACCAACUGUUUCCCCACCUUGUCUUCCUGACCUUGGAGAUUUCGGGGAUUCAAGUUCUUUCCCUGCAGGUAUGUCUUGUAUAUUGACUGGUUGGGGUAAGGUUGGACCUAAUGAGAAUCUACCUGGAGAUCUAUAUGGUCAACCCUGGACCCUGAGACAAACCAACCUUCCUCUGCUAGAUGAUGAAACCUGUUCAGAUAUAUACCUGGAAGGUGCUGAUUUCAAUAUCCAGUCAACUAUGCAGUGUGCUGGAGGAGAUGGACACACCUCCUGUAACGGAGACAGUGGGGGACCUCUGGUCUGUGAGAAGGAUGGAAGAUGGUUCCAGGUUGGGAUUGUUAGCUUUGGUCCUGCUCCAUGUGACUCCAGUAUACCAGCAGUAUACACCAGGGUUGCAGGGUUUGUGGAUUGGAUUGAGGAGACUAUUCAAGCUAAGGGUGGAUGGUAGUUUCAAUGAAACAAUUGAAAUAUAAUGAAAAAAAAGAUUUUUUAAAAUUUGAA